AUGGCUUUGGACACCUUUGUCCCAGAUGGAGUUCGGAUCCUCUGCAUCAACGACUGCUGCCACUCGGGGACGAUCUGUGACAUCGACUCCUUCAUGUAUAAGCACGACAUCUAUUCGAUAUCGGCUUCGCAAGACAAUGAGGAGGCUGAAGACAUGGGUGAGGGAGGUGUUCUGAGCACGGCGCUUCGACGGGCCGUCCGCACCCUCAGCGUGGAGUAUGGAAGCCAGGAGUUUAGCAUUAUGGAUGUCUUCCAGCGCUGCAAACGCUUCGCUGUGCGGCUUACAGGCGAGCAGAACAUCAACUUGCAAUACUCUGGACCCAAGCCCUCUGUGGUAGCCUGGCCGCUCUGCUUCCCGUGGUGGACCUACCUGCAGAAGGCCGGCUUGAUGAAAGUUGACAUCCAAGAAUUUGCUGAGGAUGGUUUGGACUCGGACGAAGACUGGACAGUUCCCGUAGCUGGAUCUCCUGCAACAACUUCUCCAUUUGCCUUGACACCCGGCGCCGGAG